AUGGUUAGACAUAUAUUCUCUAAUCUCAUACUUGUCUGGUCAAUCACCUAUGGUCUGUACAGACCUGGAUGGACUCAUCAUUCAAAGAAGCAGUCCUGGAAUAACCAGAACCUCUCUUCUGUCCCUCUGGAUCUGGAUGUGAGGCUUCGAAGGCUCAAUCUAUCAAAUAACUUCAUCACACAGCUACAUGCGCUUGCUCUGCCAUACUUGGAGCAGCUUGACCUGAGCGGCAACCAGCUGGAUCUGAUCUCGGAGGGGGCUUUUGGAAACCUGGCCCGGCUCGAGCACUUGAAUUUGUCCAGGAAUCGAUUGAGCGUUAGCCUUGGAAGCAACAGCAAAGCCCUCGGAUCCCUUGGCAGACUCAGGAGUUUGGACAUAUCGAUGAACGGCUUGAGUAAUAGUGCUGCAGAACUAUUACUGAGAAACAAGUCUUCUCUUGAUCAACUUAAGAUGACUGGAAAUGUUUUGAUAAAACUGUCACCCAGCAUGUUUGGAGAAAGUAAAGGCAUAACGAAUCUUAUUAUUGAAGAUAAUCUGAUAUCAGAAAUAGAAAAGCAGACAUUUGAACCACUGAGCCGAUUAGAGUCGCUCAACUUGGCGAGAAAUAAUCUUGCAUCUAUCUGUGAUUUUACUCUCCAUCAGGUGAAGUAUUUGAAUCUCAGCAGAAAUUCAUUGGAGUUCUUUGUUACUUGUGAGGAUGCUGCAUUGUACAGCCUAGAGGUUCUUGACCUCAGCCACAACAAGCUGUUAUACUUUCCAAUUCUACCAAAACUGAAUAAACUGAAGCAUCUUUACUUGCAGAAUAAUUUGCUUGGUGCUCUGGGUUCAGAGGCUGUGAUGGUUACUGAAGUGAAUUCUCUUUAUCAGGACAUUAUGAAGCAGAGAAUACAUAGAAAGAAUUAUCUACAUGCAAACUGGAGGCUAAUGCCACUGGCUUACAUUGACCUGAGCUUUAACCACUUCACUUCUUUUCCUCUUGAGACACUAAGCUUGCUCUUCUCUUUAGAAACACUGAAUUUCAGUCAUAACUGUUUGCAACACAUAAACUGGGACAUUAGGAAUUAUCAUAAUCAGAGUCAAGUUCGUCAGAUUCGUUUUCCUUCCUUAAAGUGCCUUGACUUGCAGAAGAACAGUCUCACCAGUGUUUCCCCGUUUUUCCUCAAGGCACUCCCUCAAAUCGACACGCUAAAUCUGCAGGAAAACCAAGUGCAACCAUGUGGUUUUUUGAUGAAAUCUCUUCCAAAAAUAUUCGAUCUCAAUUCUUCCUGCGUUGCAUUUGGACAGUUAAAAACUCUUAAACACCUCAAUCUUAGAGAAAAUGAUAUAAAGAUACUUCCGCCAACCUCCUUUCAGGGAACAUCUCUGAUUUCCUUGAAUCUUGCCAAAAACAAUCACAUGGUUAUAGGCGAGGCGGCGCUGGAGGGUGUGCAAGCAACAUUACAGUCGUUGAUUAUCAGUGAGAUAAGCAUGAACAGUUCAGGUCUAUCUUUACCCUGCAUGCCCGCACUGACCAACCUGAACAUAUCAAACAACAGACUCAAUAAAACACCUGGCAGCUUAGCUUGCUCCUCUCUAAAAGUAAUCGAUGUAAGAAACAAUGCUUUUACAAGCCUAAACUGCUCUUUGCUUCAGACUCUAUCCUUAAACCAGACUGCAAUGUUUAUCAGCGGGAAUAAGUUCAACUGCUGCGACAGCAGAUGGCUGACUGUCUUAAAUGAGAUGAUGGUUAGACUGCCUGACAUCAACCAGACCGAAUGCUUUACCCAACUGAGGAACUUGACCUUCCCAGAAUACCUAGAACACCCUUCAUCUUACUGUUCUUUUAAAAGAGAUGGUCAGGAAAUCCAUUUUGGACAGAUUAUCAUAAUAGUGUUAUUUUUGAUUGUUUUGUUAUCAAUGCUCAUUGGUUUUAGCAGAAAGCUUUGUUGCUCUCAGAGAUCUUUUAUGGUAUGAUAUCCUAGACUGUCUAUUUCUA